GAAAAGUUGCGAUUGUCAUUACGUGUGUGCUUGAAAUUUUCCUUUUUUAUGGAAACGGAGAAUGAAACAUGUGAUUACAUGUGCAUAGAAAAUUAACAUGUCUCCUAUGAAAUGCCAUUAUGAGGUUCUUGGAGUUCAAAGGGAUGCAAAUGCUGAGGAGCUCAAAAAGUCAUACAGAAAACUUGCACUUAAAUGGCAUCCUGACAAGAACCCUGAUAAUAUAGAUGAGUGUACUCAACAGUUCCGGUUGGUCCAGCAGGCCUAUGAAGUAUUGGGAGAUCCACAAGAACGAGCCUGGUAUGACAAACAUAGAGAAGCUAUUCUACGAGGAGGACUUGGUCAAGGUGAUAAUUAUGAAGACAAUUGUUUAGAUGUAUUCCAGUAUUUCAACUCCUCUUGUUACCAAGGUUACGGUGAUGAUAAAGAGGGAUUUUAUGGUGUGUAUGAUGAGGUAUUUAAAACAUUGGCUGAGGAGGACAGGCAGUUUGUGGAAGAGGAAGAUUUUGUUGUCUAUGAUUUUGGUGAUUCUAAAUCAGUUUAUGAAGAGGUAGUGAAACCAUUUUAUGACUACUGGGAGAGUUACUGUACAGCUAAGUCGUAUGUAUGGGUAGAGAAAUAUGAUACAAGAGAAGCCCCAGAUAGGAGGGUACGCAGACUCAUGGAGGCAGAGAAUAAGAAACUCAGAGAUGCUGCUAAAAAAGAGAGAAAUGAAGAAAUAAGGGCAUUAGCAAAGUUUGUAAAGAAGCGAGACAAAAGAGUCCAGGAAUAUAAGAAAAAGUUAGAGGAGAGAGCAGAAGAAAUUAAACAGAAAGCAAAGGAACAAAGAGAAAGACAUCUGGAGGAAGGGAGGAAGAAAAUGGAGAACUAUAAAGAGGCAGCAUGGUCUUCAGCAUCAGGUCUAGAAGACCAUUACAAAGAACUGGAGGCCAAAUAUGAUGAACAGUUUAAUGAAAGUAAUAGUGAUGUUGAGGAAGACGGGGAAGAAGAAAACUACUAUGAUGAUUUGUAUUGUGUUGCCUGUGAUAGAAUGUUCAAAAAUGAGAAAAGUUUCAAGAAUCAUGAGAAGUCAAAGAAGCAUAAAGACUUGGUUGCUAUCAUAAAAGCUCAUCUAGCAGAAGAAGAGGAGGAGUUAGGUGAAGAAAUGGGUGGAGACACAGACAGAUUGACAUCUGAGGUUCCUGAGGAGGAGGAGGAGCCUGAAGAAAACAAUGCACCUCAAAGACUGUCUAAGAAGCAGAAAAAGAAAAGAAAGCAACAAAAGAAUGCAGCUGAGGCCAGCAAUGCAAACAGUGAUAAUGUAGAAAGUGUUCCUUCUCAGCCAAAUAUUGAGGAAAACACCAAUAAAAGUAAGUCAAAGCGAGAAAAGAGACGGGAGAAGAAGAACAAGUUUCUGAUAGUUUAA